AACAGCAGCUAGCUAUUUUUCUUUUCCUUAACCCAUGACUGCUGUUCAAUUUCUCUACCUCCUCCUCCUCCUCCUCUGUUUCUCCUUCACCCCUUGUCUGCAACACGUCAGCGAGUCUGAGCCGCUCAUGCGGUUCAAAAGCUCAGUCAAUAUAACCAAAGGGGACCUGAAUUCAUGGAGAACAGGAACCGAUCCUUGCAAUGGCAAAUGGUUUGGUAUCUACUGCCAAAAAGGUCAAACAGUCUCCGGUAUUCACGUCACUAGGCUGGGUCUCUCUGGCAUAAUCCACAUCGAUGACCUAAAAGAUCUCCCAAACCUAAGAACAAUCAGGCUCGACAACAACCUUCUCUCCGGCCCGCUUCCUCCUUUCUUCAAGCUCCAUGGCCUGAGAUCCCUCUUGCUAUCAAACAACACCUUCUCCGAAGAGAUCGCUGAUGAUUUCUUCAAGGAUAUGCUACAGCUCAAGCGGGUGUUUCUAGAUCACAACCGUUUCACUGGGAAAAUUCCCGCGUCCGUGAUGCAACUCGCGGGCCUCGAGGAGCUUCACUUGCAAGGCAACCAGUUCUCUGGCGAGAUACCUUUGCUUGCGGAUGGCAACACGGUCUUGAAAUCCCUCGACCUCUCCAACAAUAACCUGGAGGGAGAGAUCCCAAAGAGCAUCGCGGAGAGAAAGAAUCUACAGAUGAACUUCCAAGGGAACCAGAAGCUUUGUGGACCGCCGCUGAGUAUCGAAUGCGAUGAUCAGCCGUCGUCUUCAUCGCCAGAGAAAGACCCAAACGAGGUCACGGGGAAAGCAGUCUUCACGGUCAUAUUUUUUCUUUUGUUGUUCUUGAUCUUGGUGGCGAUUAUAACAAGAUGGAGGAAGAAGAGGCAGUCCGAGUUCCGGAUGCUUGGCAAGGACCAUCUAAACGACCGUGAAAACGUGGAAGCCCGUCUGCCAGAGUCGGUAAAGAAGCCUGUUGAGUCAACCAAGAAGCGGAGUAGCACCUCCGCCGAAGGUUCCUCAAAGAAAGGUUCAAAUAAAGGUGGUCCUGGAGGAGCAGGAGGAGGAGGCGGCAUGGGAGACAUUAUAAUGGUGAACAGCGAGAAAGGCUCCUUCGGUUUACCUGAUCUCAUGAAGGCUGCAGCCGAGGUGCUGGGGAAUGGCAGUCUUGGAUCGGCCUAUAAGGCCGUUAUGGCUAACGGGUUAUCCGUGGUUGUAAAGAGGAUUAGGGAUAUGAACAAACUCGCACGUGACGCAUUUGAUGUGGAGCUGCAACGGUUUGGGAAACUACGACAUCCUAACGUUCUUACCCCUUUGGCUUAUCACUAUCGUCGGGAAGAAAAGCUUGUCGUCUCGGAGUACAUGCCUAAAAGCAGCCUACUCUACGUUUUGCAUGGGGAUCGAGGGAUUUAUCAUUCGGAGCUAACUUGGCCAACAAGGUUGAAGAUCAUACAAGGGGUGGCACGUGGGAUGCAGUUCUUGCACGAAGAGUUUGCGUCCUACGACCUUCCACAUGGAAACCUUAAAUCCAGUAACGUUUUGUUAAGUGAAACCUACGAGCCACUGAUCAGUGAUUACGCAUUCCUCCCGUUUCUCCAGCCCAACAACGCCUCGCAGUCUUUGUUCGCUUUUAAAUCACCAGAGUUCGCUCAAAACCAGCAGGUUUCACCAAAAUCAGACGUAUAUUGCCUCGGGAUUAUCCUUCUAGAGGUCAUGACGGGGAAGUUCCCUUCGCAGUACCUGAACAAUGGUAAAGGCGGGACAGAUAUCGUUGAAUGGGUGCAAUCUUCAGUUGAGCAGCAUAAAGAAGAAGAACUUAUUGAUCCGGAGAUUGCGAGUAAUACUGAUUCGUUGCAACUUAUGGUGGAAUUGCUGCGGAUCGGGGCUUCUUGUAUUGCAAGUAAUCCAGAUGACAGAGAAAGCAUGAAGGAAACUGUUUCAAGGAUAGAACGAAUAAGGAUUUGA